AUGCCUUUUCGUCCCGAACACUCGUUGUUGCGGGUCGAGGUGCCCGCACUGCACACCAUCGACACACGCUCGGUAGAGAACCUCUUUGGCAUGUGGUCGCUGUUCUCGAAGACGUCCCAUGCAAUGGAGGAUGGAAAGCGCCUGGAAAAUCUCAGCUGGCGACUGUGGAAUCGCGAAACAUUCUGCUGCGCACCGCCAACGAAGAAUGCCGCACCACGUGCACCGCUUCGAACAAAGGAGACGCCAGAGGAGCCCGCAUCCCGCGUGCCAGAGCUGUCGUCCAGCCUGGAAUCUGCCUCGUCCGAGGAGGAAUUCGAAACGUCAUCUCCACUCGCCCCUCGCAUCGUCAGCGCACGGCCGGCCAUCCGGCGGCACGACUGUGUCGAGGCGAGUAGAAGUCGUGGCCACGAGAAGCACAUCACCCCGAUUGAUCUCGAGAAGAUUGUCAUCUCUAUCAAAGAGACAAAACAACUGGAGCCCAUCGAAUUGCCCAGGCCUUUGACGGAACAAACAUCGACCACGACCUCGCCAGAUUCAUCAUCCUCACAAGCUUCACACCCUUCACCGUCACAAGCGUCACAGGGCCUUAGUUCACAUCCUUCCACCUCCCAGUCGACAUUGUUGGAAUCCUCCGCAUCGACAGUCGGCACCCACGGCUCGCAUGAUUCGCAAGCGUCGGGAACAUCUCAAAUGGUGGGCUCACAAGAUAGCUCAUCGACAGAGAUGAGCACGCAUAGCAUCAUUCGAGGAUUUGUACCUGGCGGAGCACCGUCAUCCUACCGAUCACAAACCAAUUUGGCUGCCCAGCCAACGCCUAUUCUCAAAACUUCGCCGUCCUACAGGAAUCCACCACCGAAGAAGAAGGGUGCCAUGUUUACCAUCGGGACGUCUUCUGCCGAGGACGAGAGCUCCUUGGAGAGUCACAUGCUCAGGAGCAACAUCUCCGAGAGUCUCAGACAUCCCAGCAGCCUCACUAGUAAUGGCAGCAAGAAGAGGACUGCCUUCAAGGAUGAGGUUGCCGUAGCGAAAGCCACCGAGUACAGUUCAGUGUUUGGAUCCGACGACGAAGACGAGGAUGUUUCCGAGAGUGCGAUUGAGGACGACGACGAUUCGUCCGAUUGGGAGGAUUCCGAGGACCAGCACUCGGGCCCGUCGUCUGUGAACGAAAGAGAGCUCUUUCAGCGCGUCGACUCGCGGCCGAACCUCACAUCCCGACGGUCACUACUCACCACCCUCAUGCAUGAGCCAGAUCGCGCGAGAGCGCUUGCAAAUGCUGCAUCCCGGUCGACACCUGCUCUUCGUCGGUCCAGGGCCACGACGCCAAAUGGGCCGUCUGUUGCUACUUCUCCCAUGCCAACACCGACACCAGAGCCAAGCAUCCACCUUCAAAUACCCGGCAACGAUGCUUCACGGUCAAAACCCAUCAUCAUGACCACAUCAAACACUCAUCAGCAGCUAGCGCUCUCGCCUCGCACGACCCGGCGUAACAUGCUGUCUACCGAGCUGACCGAAUCUCUGCGGAAGAACCUUCUUUGGGAGCGCCAGCACAAGAGCACUGGCAAUCUUGCAGCGAUGAAGCGAAGGCACACAUCCACGGAUGUGAAGAACCUUCGACAGCAUCCAGAGCCGGGCCCAGUUCUCUCCCACAAACCUGGAGCUGCCAAGAAGUUCAACAACGACUACUUUCACGCCGGCCUCGGUGAAUACCACGCCAAGGGCUGGUGA